AUGGGGGCGAUGGCACCCCGCACGCUGCUCCUGCUGCUGGCGGCCGCCCUGGCCCCGAACCACACUCGGGCGGGCUCACACUCGCUGCGGUAUUUCGAAACCGGCAUAUCCGGGCCCGGCCUCCGGGAGCCCCGGUUCAUUGUCGUCGGCUACGUGGACGACACGGAGUUCGUGCGCUUCGACAGUGACGCGGAGAAUCCGAGAUACGAGCCGCGGGCGCCGUGGAUGGAGCGGGAGGGGCCGGAGUAUUGGGAGGAGGAGACAGAGGGAGCCAAGGGAACCGAGCAGACUUUCCGAGUGGACCUGAGGACCCUGCGCGGCUACUACAACCAGAGCGAGGGCGGUGAGUGACCCCGGGUCGGAGGUCACGACC